AAAACUAGAAAUAAUACUUUCAUUAUAUUAUCUCUUAUUGAAUUACAUUCUGUCUACACAAUACGAGUGGGGUGUUUGUAUUUCUAUAUCUGUAUUUUUAGUAUUAUGUAUAAAUUAAAGAAACAGUUCAUUACACUGCUGAAGUCUAGGAGCCUGAGUUUCACUUGAACGCAGCAUACACAGCAGGGUCGCAGACUAGCAGACUAGCAGGGAUGCAGCGAGACAAGACAAGCAACGCCGGCGGGGCUGAAAAGCCCGACCGGGAGGCCGCCAUAAUGUCGAAAUACUACGAUGGAGUUGAAUUUCCUUUCUGUGACGAGUUCUCCAAAUACGAAAAAAUGGCAAAAAUAGGACAAGGAACCUUUGGGGAGGUGUUCAAAGCAAAGCACAGACAGACUGGGAAGAAGGUCGCACUGAAGAAGGUGUUGAUGGAAAAUGAGAAAGAAGGGUUCCCAAUCACAGCUCUCAGAGAGAUCAAGAUCCUGCAGCUGCUCAAACAUGAGAAUGUGGUCAACCUGAUUGAGAUCUGCCGAACCAAAGCUACUCAGUUCAACAGAUACAAAGGCAGCAUCUACCUGGUGUUUGACUUCUGUGAGCAUGACCUGGCCGGGCUGUUGAGCAAUGCCAAUGUAAAGUUCACCCUUGCCGAGAUCAAGAAGGUCAUGCAGAUGCUGCUCAAUGGAUUGUACUACAUCCACAGAAACAAGGUGAGGCAUUGAUGAAGAUGAACACCCCCAGGUUCUUUUGACAGAUUUGGGAUCUGAAACCGAA